GGAAUGAAUGAGUCAUGACAAUAAAAGAUACAGCACAGGGAAUAUAGUCAGUGGUAUUGUAAUAGCAUUGUAUGGUGACAGAUGGUAGUGAUACUUAUGGUGAGCACAGUAUAACAUAUAGAAAAGUUGAAUCACUAUGUUGUACACCUGUAACUAAUGUAAUGUUGUGGGUCAAUUAUACUGAAAAUUUUUUUUAAAAAAAUCAGGUGAAAACAUGUGUGAUGCAUUAAAAAAGAUGUUGUAGGUACACUUUCAAGGGAGUCAGCCCUAGCACGUCGCAGUCAUGGUGUGGUGCGGUAGCGUGUGGUUCAGAAAGUAUGGAAACUUCAUUGAUAACCUAAGACUCUUCACCAGGGGAGGAAGUGGUGGAAUGGGUUACCCUCGUUUAGGUGGAGAAGGUGGAAAAGGUGGUGAUGUCUGGGUUGUAGCCCAUAAGAAAAUGACUUUAAAACAACUUGAAGACAAAUAUCCUCAGAAACGGUUUGUGGCUGGAGAAGGAGCAAAUAGUCGUGUUAAUGCACUGAAAGGCUCCAGAGGAAAAGAUGAAAUUCCUGUACCUGUGGGUAUUUCAGUAACUGAUGAAAAUGGUAAAAUUAUAGAAGAACUCAAUAAAGAGAAGGACAGAAUUUUGGUAGCUGAAGGAGGUCUUGGUGGUAAAUUACUUACAAAUUUCUUACCAUUGAAAGGCCAGAAAUGAGUCAUUCACCUUGAUCUAAAACUUAUAGCUGAUAUAGGCCUAGUAGGAUUCCCAAAUGCAGGAAAAUCCCCUUUGCUAAGUCAGGUUUCUCAUGCAAAACCUGCAAUCGCAGAUUAUGCAUUUACAACAUUAAAGCCUGAACUUGGAAAGAUUGUGUAUAAUGAUUUCAGACAGAUAUCAGUAGCUGAUCUUCCUGGUUUAAUAGAAGGAGCAAAUAACAAAGGAAUGGGCCACAAAUUCCUCAAGCUUAUAGAAAGAACUAGACAACUACUUUUUGUUGUCGAUAUUUCUGGAUUUCAGCUUUCUUCCCAAACUCAAUACAGAACUGCCUUUGAAACCAUAAUACUUCUUACAAAAGAGUUGGAAUUGUACAAAGAGGAACUUCAGACAAAAUCUGCACUCCUGGCAGUUAAUAAAAUGGACUUGCCAGGUGCCCAAGAUAUGUUCCAUGUACUGAUGAAUCAACUCCAGAAUCCUAAAGAUUUUUUGCAUUUAUUUAAGAAAAACAUGAUUCCAGAGAGGACUGUGGAGUUCCAACACAUCAUCCCCAUCUCUGCAAUUACAGGAGAAGGAAUUGAAGAAUUAAAGAACUAUAUAAGAAAAUCUCUGGAUGAACAUGCCAAUCAGAAAAAUGGUGCAUAUCAUAAGAAACAGUUGCUUAAUUUACAGAUUUCUAAUACAAUAUCUUAUAAUGAGCCACCACCAAAUAAUGGUGUUACUAGUCCCAGAUAGAUGUAAUUUAAAUCUAUUAAAAAUGAUAUCAAGGGGGAAAAAAAAGAAAAGGAUGUUGUAUGUUUCUUCUUAAUACGCGAUUACUGGUAAAUGCACAGAUUAAAGGACUCGAAGGGUAGGUAUACACGAAACUGUUGAAAUAGUUGCAUAUAAAGGUAGGAGAGUAGCACUAUGGGAGGUUUAGUGAGAUGAAACUUAAGAAUUCCUUUAAUAUUAAAUAUUUCACAAAGAAAACCAACUGAUGUUUAAUGUAUGUAUAUUACAGGCAUACCUCACUUUAUUGCAUCUGGCUCUUUUGCACUUCUCAGAUACUGCAGUUUAUACAAAUUGAAGGUUUGUGGCAACCCUGCAUCAAGCAAGUCUGUCAUUUUUCCAGCAGCAUUUGCUCACUUUGUGUCUCUGUCACAUUUUGUUAAU